AUAAACGCGUAUAUAAAAUACAAAUUGCUUUAAACAAAUUAUACCAUUUUUAAAUAUUCAUAAUUAAUUGCUUUCGUUUUUAAUAAAGUAAUUAAAAGUAGAAUGAGUAUUGACGCACUCAGCAAUGAGUGGGACGAGCUUGGCAAGGAGUUCGUGGAGCUUGAGAACUGCAAUCGUAAAUAUAUUGAGUUAUUGGAACAAUUAUAUAGUCAUCAACAGAAAUGCUUUAAUGAAAUUAAACAUCAACGUUAUCGAAUAAACCAAAUAAAUGCAUCUUUGAAACAAUUCAAAAAACCUGAAGAAAAAGAAAGAGUUUCCGAACUUCAAAAAAAUACAUUAAAGAGGAAAGCUCAACUAUAUGAAAUAGAGCAAUCUCUUCCUGCAAAAUCUGGACUUUAUUUAAGAAUUAUUCUUGGUGAUGUUAAUGUAUCUAUUCUAAACAGAAAUGACAAAGUACGCUAUAAAGAUGACUACGAAAAGUUUAAACUAAUACUCAACGUAAUAGGACUGUUGAUGGCAUUCCUUAAUUUAAUAUUUAACUACAGGGCACUUGAGUUGGCAUAUAUUUUCCUUUUGGUAUGGUAUUAUUGUACUUUGACUAUAAGAGAAUCAAUUUUAAAAGUAAAUGGAUCAAGAAUAAAAGGUUGGUGGCGAGCGCAUCAUUUCAUUUCUACAGUAGCGGCAGGUGUUUUACUUGUUUGGCCACAAGGAGAACAUUGGCAAUUGUUCCGCACACAAUUUAUGUACUUCAACGCAUAUAUUAGCAUGGUUCAGUAUUUACAAUUCGGUUACCAGAAAGGUCUAUUGUAUCGUUUGAAGGCAUUGGGAGAACGGCACAAUAUGGACAUUACCAUAGAAGGAUUUCAUUCAUGGAUGUGGCGUGGUUUAAGUUUUCUUAUACCAUUUCUUUUCCUUGGUUAUGCUUUCCAAGCUUACAAUGCAUACACUCUAUAUAAGUUAUCUAAAGAACCAAUUGAUGCACCGUGGCAUGUUUCUGUUAUGUGUGGCCUCUUUUUGUUGCUUUUCACUGGAAAUAUAAUGACUACCUUAUUAGUCGUGCCUCAAAAAAUACGUGAACGUGCAAAAGAACGUUACCGCCUACAAAGCAUGGGAAAAUCAAUGAAACUUCGUAAAAUGAUGAGGAAUAGUAUGAGUGAAAAUGAUAUUAAAACUCAAAAUGCCAGGACUGAUAAAAAUAAUGAAAUUGCCAGUUCAGAAAUGGAUUCAAAAGCCAAUGAUACUGAAUGUGACAACAAAAAGAUUGACUAAUUACUCACACAAGAUAAAAAGUUAUGUUACAUAUAAAUUUUUUUCAUUUAAUAUAUGCACCUAUUUAAGUUCACAAUUUUCUAUAUAUAU